AUAUAAAUCUUUUGAUAAUUUUUCAGCUUUUAAGCUGUUUAAUUGUCGUAAUACUAAUACAGAAUAGGAAAAUAUGAAAAUUCUGAGCUAUAGACUAGACCUAGACUAAAACUUGAUUUGGUUAUCAUAUGUCUAUGAAGUGACAAGUCUGCUAGAAAGACAAAACAGCAACAGAAAAAUGUUGGCAAGUAAUUCAAUGGAGAUAGUUUAGUAUUAAGCCGUAAUACCAAAAUGGCGUAUUUCUAAUGACAAUAUAUGGCAUCUGCAAUGCAAGCCUUUUUAAAAGGUGGAAGUGCAGCUUCCAGCAAGAACAAAACAGAUUCUCCAGUUCCUUCAAGUUCAUCAAAGAAAAAAGAUGGCAAAGCAAGGAUUAUUCCUUGGAUUGAAAAAUACAGACCCAAGACAGUAGAAGAUGUAGCCUUCCAGGAUGAAGUCAUAGCUGUGUUAAAAAAGUCUCUUGAAGGAUCUGAUCUCCCAAAUUUAUUGUUCUAUGGACCUCCUGGAACUGGUAAAACAUCUACCAUUUUAGCAGCUUCUAGACAGUUAUUUGGGCCCGAGCUGUACAAAGACAGAGUAUUGGAACUCAAUGCAUCAGAUGAAAGAGGCAUUAAUGUAAUCAGAGAAAAAGUGAAGAAAUUUGCACAGUUGACAGCAGGAGGAACAAGACCAGAUGGCAAACCAUGUCCACCUUUCAAAAUAAUAAUACUCGAUGAGGCUGACUCUAUGACCAAAGAUGCUCAGUCUGCUUUAAGAAGAACUAUGGAACGUGAGUCUAAAACAACACGCUUCUGUCUGAUAUGUAAUUAUGUGAGCCGCAUUAUUGAACCUAUUACAUCUCGCUGUGCCAAGUUUAGAUUUAAAAUGUUAGCAGAAGACAUCCUUAUCUCCAGGUUGCAGAUGAUUUGUAAAGAGGAAGGCAUUGCUAUUGAUGAUUCAGCUAUAGAUGCUGUAUUUAAAACAUCAGAUGGUGAUAUGAGGAAGGCCAUAAUGACAUUGCAGAGUGCCUCAAGACUGUGUGGUAAAGAUGGUGCCAUCACCAAAGACAUGAUUUUUGACAUCUCAGGGGUUAUCUCAGAGGACUAUUUAGACAAGCUGAUCAACAAGUGUAGGAGUGAUUCCUAUGAGGAACUUGAUGUUGCUGUACAAGAUAUCAUCCAUGAAGGCUAUGCUGCAUCACAGGUUUUGAAUCAAUUACAUGACAAAAUUAUUACACUGGACAGCUUGAGUGAUAAACAGAAAUCAGUUGUAUGUGAAAAAAUGGGGGAGGUGGACAAAUGUCUGAUGGAUGGUGCUGAUGAGUACUUACAAUUGAUGGCAUUGUUUUCUACUAUUAUGAGUCAAAUGUGUCAUGGAGGCUAACUGGAUGAUUUGUUUAUGCUUGAUUUACGUUAUAAACUACAAAGAGCAAAA